CGAAAGGAGAACAGGAAAAAGGGGAUACAAAAAAUCAAAUAACCAUUGCGGUUUCUGUGGCUGUUGGAUGUUGGGGGGGCCAACACACACACACAGUCAACCUACAGGAAAUAACGCUGGAUUGCUGCAAUGUUUUUGUUUCACAAUCGACGCGUUUUUGUCACUCUCAUCAUUGAAUUCCUGCUGCUUUUGCUAACCGACAACAAUGGACAACUGACACUAACCAAGGAGCCAACAACAGUUGCUGCCGCUGCUGCCAUUACACAACCGAAGAACUCAUCUUUACUCAGACCGUAUCUGCAGAUCAAGAAGCAUGCCAUCACAAGACUGACAAUUACCAAACCGCAUUCCCCCUACUAUCUGCCAUGCAUACCCCUAAUAAAUCCAUAUGAAUAUCAUCAAGAUAACUUGCCAAUUUACUGUAGUUGGUAUCGAAACGAUGAGGUCAUUGAACGUUUGUCUAUACGUAAAAAUGAUUUUUUCAUCUAUGAGAAUGGAACAUUACGUCUGCCACCAAAUGAACGUGCCAGCGGUGUUUAUCGCUGUAAAAUUGAAUCCGAUGAGAUGGGCGUAAUAUCGGAUAGCAUAACAGUCGAAUAUCCAGUGCUCAAACGUCUUUUUCCGGGCCAACAACAGGCGGCCAAUAUAACAGCCCAGGAGAAUCAUUCACAAGUGCUUAGCUGUCCGUUUCUUAGUGUGCCAGCGGCACGUAUUAGCUGGUAUUAUGGCAACGAGUCCCUGGCGAAUGAUAACAGCGCUAUAAUACUAAAUAAUGGCACUCUAAUCUUACGACAAUUGCGUUUGGAUCAAGCUGGCAAAUACAAAUGCGUGGCUCAGAACCCGAAUGCCAGCAAGAUUCAUCGCCAAUUUGUGUGGUUGCUGCGCGUCGAAUCGAAUGGCGAACGUCCGAGCGCCAUUGGAGAGGCUCAAUUGUUGCCCGCGUUUCAGAACGCCACCCUCUAUGUGGCCGCUGGCGGUUCCUUGUUGCUGCAGUGCCGAGCUGUGGCCGAUUUUGUGCCCAUCGAGUGGUGGCUGCGUCAUCCCAAUAAUACACUGACCAAGUUGAGCAACAACAGCGUGGCGCAGUCCAUCUCGAAUGCCAGUUUGAGCCGACAUGAGGGCUAUUACAGCUGCAUAACUCCCAUGGAGACACAGACGUUUCAUGUGAUAGUGACAAGCCCGCCGAGAAUUGUCAGCAUGCUGCCCGUCGAAUUGGUCUACAUCAGUCUCUCGAAAACAUUGACUUGUCGUGCCGAGGGCAAUCCACCUCCGAGUAUCAGUUGGUAUCAUAACGGCGCAUUGCUCAAUAGCUCGUACACACGUUUUAUCAGUGGCGACGAGCUGCACGUACACUCCUUUGACCCGGAGGAGGAGGGCAUCUAUCAGUGUUUCGCCCGGAAUGCUGCCGGCGAAGAUUCGGUGACGGGUGAGAUGCGUUACAAGCCGCAGCCAGAGCAGAGUAAUCCCCUUCAGAAUAUACGCUGCUAUCCGCAUAGUUUCCAUACCAUUAAUGUGACAUUCGAUAGCCGAGUCCUGGAGUCUAUGUUCCUGGUUCACAUAGUGCGAAAUAAUCCGCAUAGUUGGUCAUCCUUUGCACCGAUGAAACUAAAUCACACCUCGUUUGUGGUGAUUUCCACAAAUCUGCCGGUUUAUCGUCCCUUUGCUCUAAUCACACGUUUUCUUUAUCCCGGCUCUGAUGUGACAUCGGGUACAGCGGUCCCUCAGCAAUUGGUUCUCAGCUCGUUGCGCAGUCCUCCCGUGACCUGUUGCACUCAAGGAUUGAUGCUUCGCCCCAUUAAUCUGGGCAAUGAUACCUUUGUCAAAUGGUCACAAGCCGAAUUGGACAACAAGAAGUACUUUAUAUUGCAGUUCUCCAUUAAUCAUACACAUCCGCAUCCUUCACAAUUGCUGGUUAAUGGUCCCCUACAAGGAACUAUCACCCCCGUCAAGGACAAGGCCGAUGAAGUUCUUCGAGCGUUGACCAUAAUUCAUCCUCUAAAUCAGUCAGCAGCGGCCACUAUCCUGAGCAAUGCCGAACAUGAGGUGCUGGACAAUGAGGUGGAUGAUGUUACUCUCGAAAUGGAGGAGGAUAUAUUUAGCAUGGUGGUAAAUGCCAAUGUUACAGGCAUACUUCUUCAGCACUUUAUGCGUAUUAAAAUGCGUGUGCUAAUCAUAACCAGUGAGAAUGAAUUUCUGGGUCAAGAUUUUCGUUAUGUUCAAUGGAAAACUAUUGAGAAUGGCACAUCGGAACAGUCGAAUAUGCCAUUUCGUUUAACCACCGUAGAGUCGCGUGCUCUGGCCUUUAAGUUCUUGGACAGCCUCAAUGAAACAUGCGUUUACGAGUGCCAUUUGCUAAUACAAUUGUCUCUACGUAAACAGGAGGACAAGUGCAAGGAGCGCACCAUUUUUAACUCUGUUCUCCUUGUCAGUGGCCUGAAAGCCAAUGAGCGUUACAAUUUUCGCUUUUAUAAUUGCAGAACUCGCAUUUUUUAUGGCGAGCAAGAUGUUCAGACAUUGCCAGAUCCUCCCGGCACCAUUAGUAAUUCUCGUCUGAUCAUACACAAUGGUCUGAAACUUGUUUGGGAGCCACCCGUUAAUCCCAAUGGACGUGUCCAUCAUUACAACAUUAUUUGGACAUUGGAAAAUGUAACUCAUGAGGCUAAUGUACUCGAAUGUAAACCUUGUUCAUAUAAGUUUCCCAAUGUCUCGGAAUCGGACAAAAUACAUGUUGCAGUACGUGUGGUGGGCGAAACUGGUGUCGGAGCGCCCAUGUUCUUUGACAUGACCAAACACAGUCACAGUCUGUUGGAGCAUGAACCAAAGAGUUCCGUUUCGGAGGUGUACAGUGGUAUUGCCAUUGGUUCGCUGCUCUCGCUUUCCUGUGUAUUUGCCUUUGCAUUUUUUAUCAUCUAUCAGCGGCGUAGAUUCAAGGCGCGAGCUCAUGCCCCCACCCACUUGACCACGCCCACGGACAUCAAUUUCGGUAAUCUGAGCAGUGCUUCGGGCAUGCCGGGCGACAGUGCUGGCGGUCUGAGUGGUGGCACGUUGCAACAGGAUUGCCACGAAAUGCAAACGCUAAUACCACGCUCACGCUAUCACAUUGAGCUGUUGCCGGAGCACACGCUGGAAUAUCAGACAAGUGCAGCGGCCGCCACACAGUUGGCCAAAUGUAAUGGCAAUGGGCAAAUUGCAAGGCGCUCCGAACCGGAUAGCUCUCAGGGGGAGCUGAGCAUUGCUGGGGUACACAAUUUGUCGCAGUUGCCGCUCUUUACUGGAUCACCCGAACGCAAGACAGUGCAAGAUGCCAUGUUGCAGGAGGCGAAAGCCUUCUAUAUUCCCUAUUGCCACACACCGCCAAAUGCGGUUGCUCUCUCAGCUGGCAAUUCGAAUUCCAGUCACAAGCAAAGUUCCUCUAACAACGGCGAGGAGAUAAUCGUGCCGCCCAAUUCUCUUCCUCUGGUGGCCACCAUGCCGAGUUUGGCUGUUGGUGGCGGUGGCGGCGGCGGCGGUGGCUCAAAUGGCCGACGUAGCGGUAGUCUAAGCAGCAGCAGUGUUAGCAGUAGCAGCAAUGGCAGCAGCAGCAAAAAACAAUUCCACACUAACUUUGUGCGACAUUCAAAUUCCAAUGAUGGCAUAUGUCUGCUCGCUGAAGAAGAGUCGGCAGCGACUCUUACACCCACCUCAGAGCAAGAAUAUGCAGCUGUUUGCUUAACCAAUGGUUUCAAAUUACAGACGCCAGCCACGGCAGCAACAGUUGCCGCAAGCCAUUACAGCAGCUCUGGCAAGAGCAACAGCAAUAGCAACAGCAACAGCAGCAACAACAACAACAGCAGCCACACAAGCCAAAAGCAACGCGGCAAUGGCAAUCUAGCGAUCUCGUACAGCCACAAUGCAUCCAUAGUUCCUCCUGCCAACGAGUCACAGGGUCAUCAUACCAAUACCACUGUGUCCGUUAAUAACAAAACAACAAGAAAAGCUGCCAAGGCACCAAAGGCAACGACAACGACAACAACAUCCUCAACAAAACAGCCAUGGCCAACGGCGACGGCAACAGCUCUGCAUCGUCGUGCCCAGGUUGAUCCGAAUGGUUGAAUUAUCGGCCUUUGGUCAGCCAAGUUAAAGUAUUUUUUUCCUCUUUUCAUUAUUCGUUUGAUUAUAAAUAAUUAUUUAUAUACAUACAUAUAUAUGAUGAAGCUAAUGCACUAAUCAACACACAUACACAUACACAUUCGCAGCUCGAAACAUUCCAAAACCAAUUAUAUUAGAUCGUAUAAAGUUAAUCGAAGUCGAAAGAUUGGAAGCAUUUAUAAUGAUUACAUUUUAUAAAUGUAAAUAUUUGAUAUAAGUGUAAUUGUAUUUGUAAUUGUAAACUAAAAACUGAAGUGGAACCUAUGGGAGAAAUGAGUUAAUAAGCUGAUAUUUAUAUCCACAAACAUUUUUAUAUAAACAACACCACACGCACACACACACACACACACGAAACACUUACAUACACCUACACCUAAAUAUACGCUUAGUUGUAUGCUAUAGUUUUCUCUCCUAA